AUGACACGGCCAUGUCUGCCUCUGCUGCGAUCUGUCGCCCGGAGAUGCUUUUCUCAUUCGGCGAUCCGCCGUGAAUUGCGCGACAUUGCUGUUCUGCCAGACCGCAUCCGCCCUUCGUACCAAGAGACCAAGCACCACGAUCUCCUCUCGCUACAAUGGCCUCAGCCCCCUCGGAACAUCCUGAUCGUCCACAAGUCUGGCUCCGACACUGUCGAUGAAGCCGUCCACGAAUACGCCAACCACAUCCACUCGACCUAUCCUGACGUCUCUCUGAUCUUCGAGCCCAAGGUCGCCGAAGCCUUGCAUACCGACUUCUCCUUCCCCAUUUACACCACCACGGAAGCGUCGAAAAAUGUUCGUCUGCAAGACAAGGUCGAUUUGACCUCAACUCUGGGCGGUGACGGCACAAUCUUACAUGCCUCAUCUCUGUUCGCAAACGCCCAGAAUGUCCCACCAAUUCUCUCUUUCAGCAUGGGUACCCUGGGCUUCCUCGGCGAGUGGAAGUUCUCGGACUACAAGCGUGCCCUCCGCGAAGUCUACAUGUCAGGUGCAACAGCAGGCUACGGCAGUGCCCUUCUGGAGACAGAAUCUGGUAAAGAGAAGGACGUCUUCUCAGGCUGGAGCUCGGUCCGUGGCAUGUCCAUGGGCCCAUCACGUUCAUCUCGCGUACUUCUCAGGAACAGACUCAAGGUCGGUAUCUUUGCUGCAGACGGUACUCCAAUCACCCACGCCGAUCCUUCGUCGCCCAUGUGCUCUUCCGACUGCGAAGUCAACAACAACUGUGACGUCUUCGCCAUGAACGAAGUCCUGCUCCACCGUGGCCGCACACCUCAUCUCAGCAUCAUCAACAUCUACGUCGGAGGUCGCUUCUUGACCGAAGCCGUAGCCGACGGCAUGUUGAUAAGCACACCUACGGGCUCGACAGCCUACUCACUAUCCUCUGGCGGCAGCAUCGUCCAUCCUCUGGUCUCGUCCCUUCUCCUUACUCCAAUCUGCCCUCGCAGUCUCUCCUUCCGCCCUCUUGUUCUUCCCUCCAAUACUCCUAUCACUCUGCGUCUGUCCCCCAAGAACCGCAGUGAUGAGAUUGAGUUGUCUGUCGAUGGAGUUCGCAGAGAGAAAGGCUUGACGCGAGGCAUGGAGGUCAGGGUUGUCGGUGAAGAAGUCAGGAGCGAAGAGAGGACCUGGGGCGGUGGCGGUGUGCCGUCUAUUGUUAGAACCGGAGGAAGCAAUGUCGCCGAUGGUCAUGACCAUUGGGUCGGUGGCUUGAAUGGUUUGUUGAAGUUCAACUUCCCCUUUGGCGAGGAGUAG